UUUUAGUUCAGUUUAAAUAUUAACUGAAAUUAUUAUGGCUCAUUAGGCAGAGCGACGUGAAAUUAUGUAUUCGCCGCGACAGAAACUGUUAUGGUUUGCGUUCAGUUCAAGAGUAAUAUUGUUAGUACUACAAGCGGUAUCUAACUUUAUUAUCCCGGACCACAAUGCCAAUGUGUUCGUCAGUCCUGAGGACGCGGGCCUGCACCGCACGGCGGGCGACGCGGCCGUGGACGCGCUGCUCGGCGGCUUGAAGAGAUGGGACGCUCAGUACUUUAUACACAUUGCUCAAUAUGGAUACACGUACGAAAACUGUCUAGCUUUCUUUCCAUUCUUCCCUCUAGUGGUAAGAUAUGUUGCAUAUGGACUAAACAGUCUAUUGGGUUCAUUUUUGAACAUUCACAGCUCGUUACUCAUUUCCGCAACUGUCAUGAAUAUAAUCAUGUUUAUUAAAUCAGCUGAUAUAUUACAUAGGUUGAGCCUUAGAAUCCUACGAAGUGAGAGCAAAGCAUACAAGGCUGUGGUACUGUAUUGUGUCAACCCUGCUAGCAUUUUCUUUUCGGCGCCAUAUUCUGAAACGUUGUUUGCGCUUAUGUCUUUUUAUACAAUGUUGAAAUGCACAGAAAAUGAGACUCUUAGAUUUGCAAAUAUUGAUAUAACUAGUGGCUUGCCUGCUGGGUUUUCCAUGAUUACUAGGUCAAAUGGUACUGUAAACAUGGGAUUCAUCCUCUAUACUAGUUUCAAGAAUGUGAUUGAGAGAACUUUACCUGAGAUAGUGUACAAAUAUAGAACUCUGAAGCGUAAGAUUAUUAUGCCUUUCCUGUUACUGCCACUGUUAACAUCUUGUGUAGCUCUCUUUUUGACUGUGAUACUAGCUCUGAUACCCUUUGUUUUAGUUCAGACUUAUAAUUACUUGAAAUUCUGUGUUCCCGGAGAGCACAAUCUGCCAGAAUUCUUGUCUAACUCUGCAUAUGUUCUGCCUGGUAGAGGAGACAGUCCGUGGUGCAACAGCUCCUUGCCAAUAUCAUAUAGUUACAUACAGAGCCAUUACUGGGAUGUUGGAGUAUUUAAGUAUUAUAAAUUAAAACAGAUCCCUAACUUCUUACUUGCAUCUCCAAUUCUGUUCCUUAUAAUAUAUCAUUGCAUGUCUUAUAUGAGAAAUAAUCCUAAGCUAUUUUUGAGACUGGGACUAAGAAGCAAUAUAUUUAAUUUUGGUUACAUUAACAAAGUGCCUUAUAGGCCGAGACAAAAUUCAAAAGGUUUUGGUGGUAAUGACCCUGCAAUAUUUGUAUACAUUGUUCAUGUUUUAAGCCUAGCUAUAUUCUGCGUCAUGUUUGUUCAUAUCCAGGUUUCCACAAGAUUAUUGGCUUCUGCUAGCCCUGUUCUAUAUUGGAUUGGCUCUUAUAAGAUGAAUGUGGGGCCCACACCGACAUCUGAUCAGAAUACUAUCAAUGAACAUUUCCGACGCAUAGGCAUUGGAAAGCGGAUACCUCCACACCAUUUGUCAAUAGCUAAUUUGGAAGGUGUAGAUAACAUGUAUAGUAAAUGGAAAACAUUUAUUAUAACGAGGUGGAUGCCAGAUUUCCAGUCUCGUUUAAUACAGUACUAUUUCCUUGGCUAUUUUGUUAUAGGAACAGUAUUAUUUUCCAACUUUUACCCAUGGACUUAAAUUUGUUUUCAUCUCCACUACACAUAUCAGUUGAACAUAUCGCCCAGUACAAAAGCAGUUUAUAUGCCAAUGAAUUUGUAAUGCAUCUAUGGGC